CGUCUCCGCCUUGCCCUUGUCCAAUUCUAGGGCCGAGUCGGUGUUGACCAGCGCCACGCCGUCGUCCAUCGUGGCGACUGUCUUUUGACAUUGAGCUGAGCAAAGGAAAAAAAUGAUGGACAUCGUGAAGAAGAUUGAUUCAGAUUCUGGCAAACAUUUAAACUCAGCUCCACAUCCACUUUGCUGAGAUGGAUGGCACACCAGGCCUUAACCUAACCAAGUUUCUCACAUUUACAUACCCAUCUGAAGUGGAUCACAUGACUGUUUUUGCCCAUGAAAAUGUGUUGAGUGAAUAUGACACAGCUAAAGAUGAGCUCAUCAGUCUAAGUGAAUUUAUUGGAGAUGUUCGAACUAAUGUGAACCAAGCCCUGUGUUCCAGCUGGGGGUUUCCUGUAUGUACAUCUUCACUGGCUUUGACAACCAUCAGUGCUUUCUUUACUGAAUCCACACGCAGAGUAUAUUAUAUUUGGUCUAUUGCUGAGAUGACUUUACAAUUCAAAGAUGUAUUUUGGGGAGUGGAUUUCAUCAGUAAUGUGGGAUAUGAGGCUCUCAUCCAGAGACUCUGUGAGGGUCGACGGAUGUGCAAAGAUAUGGAGGAGCUCUUGAAGAUGAGGGCAUCUGCUGAAGAGAGAUAUGGCAAAGAGUUGGUGAUGAUUGCACGCAAGGCAGGGGGUCUCUGUGAGAUCAACACUUUGAAAGCUUCCCUUGACCAACUCAAAGUCCAAAUUGAGGACAUUGGGAACCUACACAUACAACUGUCUGGGGUGUUAAAGGAAGAGGUCAAGAGGAUGGAACAGUUCAGGGAGCGACAGAAAGAGCAGAGAAAAAAGUUUGAAGGCAUCAUGGACAAGGUUCAGAAGAUAAAGGUGUCUUUACACAAGAAAACAAUGGAGUCUAAGAGAACUUAUGACCAGAGGUGCAGAGAGGCGGAUGAGGCCGAGCAUGUUGCUGAGAGGAUGAUCAGUGUCGCUACCACCACACCCAAGCAGGCUGAGAGGGUGCACAACAAAUCUAAGCAGUGCAGGGAGGCAGCAGCAGAGGCAGAAAAACAAUACAUGUCAAAUAUUGAUCAGCUAGACAAGAUUCGUCAAGAAUGGGAAACUACACACGAGAGUACUUGUGAGGUCUUUCAGCAGCAGGAGGGAGAUCGUAUCAACAUCCUGAGGAAUGCCAUCUGGGUCCACUGUAACCAAUUCUCAAUGCAAUGUGUCAAAGAUGAUGAGUGUUAUGAAGAAGUGAGGAAAACUCUAGAACUGUGUGACAUCACGGCAGACAAUGACUGCUUUGUUGAGAUGAAAAGCACUGGCUCAAGUCCACCAGCUCCCAUUGUGUUUGAGAACUAUUAUGAGAGAGAGCCCUCGACAGACAGCAAUGGCAGUGCCUGCUUUGUAGGAGGAGUUAUGAAGAGGUUUUCAAACCUUCUGCAAGGGAACUCAUCGACUGGCUCUAAAACAAACGUCAAUGACAGUUCACAGCCACUAGCACCACCUACUGCCAACACAUCAGAUGGAGUGUACGCCUCCAUUCCUGGAUUUCAGCAAGUGCAGCCAACCAUCUCAGAAAGCAGAGAGGAGUACCAGGCUCUGUAUGACUAUGCUGCUCAGGGUGAGGACGAGCUGUCCAUGUUUGCAGGAGAGACGGUUGUGGUCAUUGAACAAGAUAUGGAUGGCUGGUGGACUGUGGAGAGAAACGGCAUUUCAGGACUGGUCCCUGGGUCCUAUCUGGCCAAAGAAUGAACUAUCCUUGGCACAAGUAGUAAGGCUAUAGGGCACAUAGCAUACCCCCACCCACAUGUCCUAGUUUGACCAUUUUCUCUAAGCCUUACAGGGCUGAUAAUGUUAGCUCAGUCUUGGCUAUAUGCGUUGUUGAGUGACGUCACUGACCUGAGACCAUGGUUUUAUCUAAUGAUGGAGAUUAUUCACUUAUGUAUUGUCAAGAUGGAAAGACGUGCACUUACCUGUUUUACUUUCCUUUCGAGUCUACAAGCACAACAGUUUGUGAGUUGUUACACAAAUAGAGUACAUUUUGCUUCCCUAUGAUAUAGAAAUUGUGCAAGAAUAUUGAACUUUAAAAGCCUUCCAGCAAACAAUUAUAGAGAGAGGAUGUUUUUGUAAUGUUACAUGUAAUGUUCCCCUAAUGUUUGUGUCCAGUUUUCUGUUAGUUAAGGGAACAUUCUAUCUAUGUUGGCAUAAACCUUCAGAGAAACUUUUUAGCAUGUUUUGGCGUUAGUUAUAACAUUCCCUUAUAGU